GGCACAGUCACGAGGGCGGGGCCGGGCCCUGAUAAAGCUGCCGUGUGACCGUCACCGCCUCCCGCUCCACAGCCGCUCCGCACCGCGCGCCAUGCAGCCCCCGGGCCCCCUGACCGCUGCCCUGACCCUCACACUCACCCUCUGGGCCGCGCUCGGGGCCGCGGAGCCGCUCAGAUUCUUCGACUGCGGUUCCUCUGUUGGAAACAUUAGUAUUGUGGAUGUCUCGCCCUGCCCAAGUCAGCCAUGUGUACUUCACAAAGGUCAAACAUACAAAGUGAAUGUUACCUUUACUAGCAAAGCUGCAAGUCAAACGAGCAAAGCUGUAGUUCAUGGUGUCCUAGCCAAAUUGCCAAUUCCCUUUCCUAUUCCAAACAAUGAUGGCUGUAAAUCUGGAAUUGUCUGCCCUAUCAAGAAGGAUCAGAAAUACAACUACAUCAAUGCCCUACCAGUGAAAAGUGAUUACCCAUCAAUCAAGUUGCUUGUUCAAUGGGAGCUGAAGGAUGAUGCUGGACAGGAUUUCUUUUGCUGGAAGAUUCCAGUCCGGAUUUCUGAUUAAACUCAAUAUCUUGCUACACCAGUUGAUUAAAGAAUGCACUUUGGGUACCAUGGAGCUAUAUUGACUGUUCCUGGAUUUUUUUUAUUUGGACAAAUUUAAACCAAAAUACAUCUUUGUAACAUGGAAUUUCUUAACUUUUUUCAAAAUGCAUUUUGCAUUAAUGUGUAACUUUCUACAUCUGCAUUUCAGAUUGAUCUAUACCUGACCUUUAUGCAAUUUUUUUUAUAAACUAACCUCAAUGGAUUAUUAAAGAAAUCUACUUUUAA